CAGCUUUGAAUCUCUCUCUCUCUCUUCUCUCUCUCAUGUUUGAACCUCUUUUUUUGUUUAACUUUUUGGUUGAAUUGAUUUUACUGGUGCUAGAAGUAUAUACUUCCUGCAAAUUUACAUCGAAGCUGGACUCUUGACUCUGUUUUUUUAGGGGGGGCAAAGCUGUUCUGCUUUGUUGUUGUUGCCAGAAUGGAUCUGUUGAACCGCCAAAGAUGCCCUGUACAGAACUCUCUCAGCAAAUAAACCAACGCACAAACUCUCAACUUGCAGAAGCAGACAACCGCUGUUAUACUGCUUUACAACCCACAGUUCCUCUUUUUUUUUUUGUCCUUUUAAAGAAACACCCUGAAAGAGAAAAGGGCAAAAAGAAGCAGAAGACUCGAUUUUUAAGCUUUAGCCUCGCCCCCAUCAUUUUUCUUUUGUAUACCCACUUCCAGUUUGUAUAUUGGGUUCCAAUUCUUGAAGUUUCCUUCCUUUGUUUGUUCAAGCUGAGAUUUUUUUUCUCUCUUUCUCUGGUGUUUCUUUCUGCUCUUGGGUUAAAGGGGGGAUAUGUCAACGGGUGAAAAAAAGAGGAGUGGAAUUUGUUCAUUCAUCAUCGAUUCUUUCAUUCAUUAGUUCAUUCAUUGAUGUUGUUGUGUUGCUGUGAGUGAUUGAAAGAGUGAUGAUAAAAAAACCCUGAAAGCGUUGUCGGCGCGAGGUCACUUUCUGUCGGCGUUGUCUAUAUCCAACGAUGAUACACAGAUUUAUUUAUUCAAAAGUACACCGGAGAGAGAGAUGCUUUCUUCUUCUUUUUCUUGAUGGCGGGUGUUCGAAAUUCAUUUAGUUAAACAAGCCCAGCCUAGGAUUCUUGAUUAAGUACCCACUUUUGCAACUUCAAGAACUCCGAUCAUGUUUGAGUGCUUCUGGGUAAUUUUGAGCUGUGAGACCCAAUUGUUUUUUAAUUGACUGGAUUUGUUCACCGUGAUUUCGUACUGAGGUUUUAGAGAGAGACGGAGAAUGUGAUCUCAACCAGGGUCAAUGCUGGAAUGAGGGUGAGAUUUGAGUUGAUUGUGGUGGAUGAUUCAAUCUGCCAGUGAACCAAUGAGGCUGAUUUGGCUGGUCACUUGUCUGCAUUUCUCUUGGAACACAGGUUGGAUGUGCCCGUCCUUGCAAGCGAAUAAUCCUAUAUUGUGUAGCUGAAGUGGUUCCCAUACCAAAUGUCAAGGCCUCUUGCAGCAAUAUUAGGAGGUGCUGUAGGAGCCGUGGCAUUGGUGGGGAUAGUUAUAUUGAUCAUAUGGUUCUGUCUAUGUAGAAGGAGCGUGUCAAGAACGUCAGAAACCGGUUCCUCCGAUCCAUCUGUUCGAUCGGGAAGACAUGUGGGAUUUGAGAUGUCUUUGAGAGAAGCCAGGCGGUUUGAGAUGGAAGAAUUGUCUAUGGCCACAAAGAAUUUUGAUGACAAGAAUCUGAUUGGGGUAGGAAAAUUCGGAGAGGUUUACAAGGGAUUACUUCAUGAUGGGAUGCUUGUAGCCAUCAAAAAGCGCUCCGCAAGCCCUACUCAGGAAUUUGUUGACGAGGUUCGCUUCCUCUCGUCUAUUCAAAAUCACAAUCUGGUGUCUCUGUUGGGCUACUGCCAGGACCACCAUACACAGCUUCUUGUGCAUGAGUACAUACCAAAUGGGAGUGUUUCCACUCACUUGUAUGGUGCUGCUCAGCUUUCACGCGAGAAGCUGGAAUUCAAGCAUAGACUUCUAAUAGCUCUAGGGGCAGCUAAAGGUUUGGCCCAUCUUCAUUCUUUAACACCUCGAUUAAUACACAAGGAUUUCAAGACUGCCAACGUGCUGGUGGAUGAGAACUUCAUUCCUAAGGUUGCAGAUGCCGGAUUACGCAACUUCCUCGGAAGAGCCGAUAUUGCAGGGCCAUCUUCUGACGUGACAGCAGAUGAUAUAUUUCUUUCCCCAGAGGUGAAAGAGUUCAGAAGAUUUUCUGACAAGAGCGACGUAUACAGUUUUGGCGUAUUUCUUUUGGAAUUAUUGAGUGGCCGAGAAGCCACCGAGACACCAUCUCCAGAGUCUAGUCAGAGCUUGGUUGAAUGGUUGCAAAACAAUCAAGAUUAUAGCAUGUUCUCCAGCAUCAUCGACCCAAAACUGGCAAGCAGCUUCACCAUUGAAGGGAUGGAAGAGUUCAUACAGCUAAUAGUCCGAUGCGUGGAUGUUUCAAGCGAACGGCGACCGGCAAUGAGCUAUGUGAUGAUGGAGCUGGACAGGAUACUUGAGAAGGAAAGGAGCUUGACAACAGUUAUGGGGGAAGGAGUGCCCACUGUGAUCCUGGGAAGUCAGCUGUUCAGAACAAGAUAAAAGGGAAAAAGGAAAAGAAACUGAAAAUAAUUACCUCCAUAUUUGAGUGUGAAUUUUGUGCAGUACUUCUUUUUUUCUUUCACUUCAUUUUUACAUAUAUUCCUUCUUUCCAAAAAGCCUUAAAGAACAAGUGAUCAGCUGGCUGUCAAGUGUAUAAAGAACAGCUGCAUUAAUCUCUUGAUUCUUUUUUUUCCCCUAUGUGGAAGCAUGAAAGGAAAAAAAAACAAAAAACUGUUCUUGUAUUCAAUCUGUUUGUGGAUAUAAUUAUAUCAGAGCAAAGUUAUUAUUCUCAACUAAUUUGAUUGAAUCAA